AUGCACGAGGAUGACUGGAGGUGGCACAUGUACGAUACUGUAAAAGGAUCAGACUGGCUAGGCGACCAGGAUGCUAUCCAUUAUAUGACCCGAGAAGCCCCUCAAUCGAUCAUCGAGCUCGAAGGUUACGGAUGUCCAUUCUCCAGAACUGAAGAUGGCAAGAUAUAUCAAAGAGCAUUUGGUGGUCAGAGUCAGAAAUACGGAAAAGGUGGCCAGGCCUACAGAUGUUGUGCCGCCGCCGAUCGCACGGGUCACGCUCUACUACACACUCUUUAUGGUCAAUCAUUACGGCACAACACAAACUACUUCAUCGAAUACUUCGCUCUCGACCUCAUUAUGGAAGACGGGAAGUGCAAGGGUGUUGUUGCUUACAACCAGGAGGACGGUACACUCCACAGAUUCCGAGCACACCACACUGUUCUAGCCACAGGAGGCUACGGUCGAGCUUACUUCUCCUGCACAUCCGCUCAUACGUGUACUGGUGAUGGUAUGGCCAUGGUUGCUCGAGCCGGUCUACCCAACCAAGAUCUCGAAUUUGUUCAGUUUCAUCCAACCGGUAUCUACGGUGCUGGUUGCUUGAUUACUGAAGGUUCUCGAGGCGAGGGAGGCUAUCUACUCAACUCUGAAGGUGAACGGUUCAUGGAGAGAUACGCCCCAACCGCCAAGGAUCUUGCUUCUCGAGAUGUUGUAUCUCGAUCAAUGACCAUGGAGAUUAGGGAAGGCCGUGGUGUAGGUCCAGACAAGGAUCACAUCUACCUACAGCUUAGCCACUUGCCAGCCGAGGUCCUCCAUGAGCGACUACCAGGAAUUUCGGAAACCGCCUCGAUUUUCGCUGGUGUUGAUGUUACGAAGCAACCCAUACCAGUUCUUCCAACUGUACACUACAAUAUGGGUGGAAUUCCCUGUAAAUUUUCGGGCGAAGUCCUUCGAAUCAACGACAAGGGUGAGGAUGAGGUAGUACCAGGCCUCUUUGCAUGUGGAGAGGCAGCCUGCGUCUCCGUACACGGAGCCAACAGACUUGGUGCUAAUUCUCUGCUCGAUCUCGUUGUCUUUGGUCGUGCCGUAUCCCACACUAUCCGAGACAACUUUUCUCCCAACAAACCUCAUCCAGAGAUAGCCCCUGAUGCUGGCAAGGAAGCCAUUGACACACUCGACAUGGUAAGAAACUCAGACGGCAAGAAGUCAACGUCCGAGAUUCGAGCAGCAAUGCAGAAAGUCAUGCAAACCGACGUGUCUGUCUUCAGAACACAAGAAUCCUUGGAUGAGGGUGUCAAACGUAUCAAUGAAGUUGAUAAACAAUUCGCAGAUGUGGGUAUUAAGGACAGAAGCAUGAUCUGGAACUCCGACCUAGUCGAAACGCUUGAGCUUCGAAAUCUGCUUACAUGCGCCACUCAAACCGCAGCCGCAGCAGCCAACAGAAAGGAGUCAAGAGGUGCUCACGCACGUGAAGAUUACCCAGAACGAGACGACGAGAACUGGAUGAAGCACACACUGACCUGGCAAAAGGACGCACACGGCCCCGUUGAUCUUGGCUACAGAAGGGUCAUCGGACACACUCUAGAUGAGAACGAGUGCAAGGCUGUACCUCCAUUCAAGAGAACUUAUUAA